GUAGUCAAAAAAAUAUUUUAGGAAUAAAUGUUGGGGAGAAUUAUUGAAUAGUCUGAGUGUCCAAAAAUAACUAAUUAAUUAGAAAAUUGAAAAAGAAGGAAAUGUUUUGAAGAAGAUCCGAAGAAGAAUCCAUUUUCAUUGCUGACCAAAAAGGGGAAGAGAUUGAAUUCAAAUCUCUCUCUUCUCUUCUCUCUCCCGUGACGACGACAAAGCCCGCAGAUUUUUCCAGAUCUCAUCAUCAUCAUCAUCAUCAUUCAAUCUUAUUCCGAGAGGAAAAGAAGAAGAAGAAGAAGAUGAUAACGAUCCCAUACCUAACCGCUGUAUCGACCUACUUCAGCUACGGAUUGCUCUUCGCCUUCGGGCAGCUCCGCGAUUACUCCCGGCGAAUCUUCGAUUGGUGGAGCACCAACAACCUCCAUGGAUACGCCCCGAUCUGCUUGGCUCAUGAGGAUUUCUACAUCAGACGUUUGUAUCAUCGCAUUCAGGAUUGUUUUGGACGUCCCAUCUCAAGUGCACCUGAUGCUUGGGUUGAUGUCGUCGAGAGGUUCUCUAAUGACAACAACAAGACCCUCAAGAGAACAACAAAGAGCACAAGAUGCCUUAACUUGGGCUCUUACAACUAUCUUGGAUUUGGUUCUUAUGAUGAAUACUGCACCCCUCUUGUUAUCGACUCUUUGAAGAAAUUCUCCCCAAGUACUUGCAGCUCCCGAGUUGAUGCAGGGACUACCUCUGUACAUGCGGAACUCGAGGAAUGUGUUGCUAAAUAUGUCGGCAAACCUGCUGCUAUUGUCACUGGCAUGGGCUACGCUACCAACUCCGCUAUCAUCCCUGUCUUGAUUGGAAAGGGAGGGCUGAUAAUAAGCGAUUCUUUGAACCAUACCUCAAUUGUCAAUGGUGCUCGAGGUUCAGGAGCUACUAUCCGUGUCUUCCAACACAACACACCUGCGCAUUUGGAAAGAGUGUUGAAAGAACAAAUCGCUGAGGGACAACCUAGGACACACAGACCCUGGAAGAAAAUCAUCGUUGUUGUUGAGGGUAUUUACAGCAUGGAAGGGGAAAUUUGUCAACUGCCUGAGAUUGUCUCAAUAUGCAAAAAGUAUAAGGCUUAUGUCUACUUGGAUGAAGCUCACAGCAUUGGAGCAAUUGGAAAAACAGGCAGGGGAGUUUGCGAGCUUCUUGGAGUUGACACUGCUGAUGUGGACAUAAUGAUGGGAACUUUUACCAAAUCUUUCGGAUCUUGUGGUGGCUAUAUUGCCGGAUCCAAGGACCUUAUCCAAUAUUUGAAGUACCAUUGCCCGGCUCACCUUUACGCAACAUCAAUCUCAACUCCUUCCGCGCAACAAAUCAUAUCGGCCAUAAAAGUUAUCCUUGGAGAGGACGGUUCUAACAGAGGUGCACAAAAGUUAGCAAGGAUAAGGGAGAACAGCAACUUUUUCAGGGCUGAGUUGCAGAAGAUGGGAUUUGAGGUUCUUGGAGACAAUGAUUCCCCAGUCAUGCCGAUAAUGCUUUACAAUCCUGCGAAAAUCCCAGCCUUCUCAAGGGAAUGCUUGCGAGAAAACGUGGCAGUUGUGGUUGUUGGUUUCCCAGCUACACCUCUGUUGCUAGCCAGGGCUCGUAUUUGUAUAUCCGCAUCUCACUCGAGAGAAGAUCUUAUUAAAGCUCUACAGGUUAUAAGCAAAGCAGGUGACCUUACCGGAAUCAAAUAUUUUCCAGCGGCUCCAAAGAAGCAAGAAGAAGUGAAAGAUACCAUCAAAUUGGACUAAAACGAGGGGGUAAUGGCAUCAUCAAUUUCUAGUACCAGAAGAGGUUCGUCUUUUGUUGGUGUCCCUUCUACUUGUCUUGAAACUUUGUGAUCCUUCUUUCAUUUUGGUUCCUUGGUUUUGUCACAGUUAAAAUUGUAUAGUUGACUUCUUUAAGAACAGAUAUGACAUUUUGUGCUUCACGAAACUAUGUAAAGACCAAUCGUUUCUUUUUUCUUC